UUUUCUGCAUGACGUUAUUGUAAAUGGCGACGAUCCUGAAAAGGAGUGAUUACUUGCACAUUUUCGAUUAAACUAAUUCCUUUUAUCAUUUUUGGAGUGAAGCUCACCUCUAUUUCUUAACUAUCAGUAUGCUUAUUACGCUGAAAACCUUACAGCAGGAAACUUUUAAAGUUGAAAUAGAUGCUGACUUGCCGGUGAAAGCUUUAAAGGCCAAAGUUGAAGAUGUAAAAGGCAAAGAUUUUCCUGUCAAUGGACAGAAACUUAUUUAUGCAGGCAAAAUUCUUGAUGAUGAAAAAAAGAUUGAAGAAUAUAAAAUAGAAGAGAAAAACUUUGUUGUAGUUAUGGUAACAAAGCCAAAAGCUACCCCGGUAUCCAAACCGCCUGAAGCCACAGCAUCUGCAGCUCCCCCACCAGUGGCAGAAUCUACACCAGUUGUACCUCAAGUAGAACCUACCCAAACUGUAUCCUCUGCUGCAUCAGGAACUAGUAUGGAAACGGACAGUUCUAAAUCUACAGAAACGUCUUCACAAGGCACACCGUCUGCAGUAUCGUCUGACACUGUAUCAAUCGAAGAUGUAUCUGCUGUUAUGUCAGCUGAAAGCACAUUAGUUACUGGUCAAGAAUAUGAAAAUAUGUUAAGGGAAAUAAUGAGUAUGGGUUUUGAAAGAGAGCAAGUUGUGCGGGCAUUAAGAGCUAGUUUUAAUAAUCCUGAUAGAGCUGUAGAAUAUCUUUUUAGUGGAAUACCUGAUAUGCCAAUAGCUGAUGAACCACCUCAACCACCUGGAGUCCAGGAACCUUCAGUUCCUGCAUCUCCUGCAACUGGUACCCCAGCAGCGGCUACUGCACCCCCUGCAGCAGCUACUGGAACCCCAGCUGCUGCAACUGGUACACCAGCUGCUGCAACUGGUACACCAGCUUCUACAGGUACACCAACAGCGGGGGCUCCAGCUUUAGAUAUAGGUGGUCAAGAUCCUUUAACUUUUCUCAGAAGUCAACCCCAGUUUCAACAGAUGAGACAAGUGAUACGAGAAAAUCCUAAUCUUUUACCAGCAGUUUUACAACAGAUAGGUCAAUCUAAUCCAAAUCUACUACAACUUAUAAGUCAAAACCAGGAACGAUUUGUACGAAUGUUAAAUGCAGAAUUGCCAGAAGAGGGUGGUGAGCAGCAAGCUGUAGGGGGAGGUAAUCCAUUAGCAGGGGGAACUAACCCACAAGAAGGUGUAAUUCAAGUCACACCACAGGAAAAAGAGGCCAUUGAUAGGUUGAAAGCAUUAGGAUUUCCCGAAGGACUGUGUAUUCAAGCUUACUUUGCAUGUGAGAAAAAUGAAGAUUUGGCAGCCAACUUUUUGCUGUCUCAAAAUUUUGAUGACGACGAUCAAUUAAGCUGAUUCUAUGAAUCAAGAAAGACUGUUGUGUAUUAAGAUCUAUUAAUAUAUCAGUGAAAUAAUUGAAGCGGCAUUGUGAAUUCUGGACUAACUGAUGUCUAGACUUAUUGGUGCGAGAGAAAAUAAUAAUAAUACCCCUGUCUAACAGUGAAGUUUUGUUAUUAUUUGUGACAAUCGUUUAUAUAAUAAGACAAUCAUAUAAGCAAGUGUCAGUUUUACAAAGUUAUUCUUCUUUAAGUGUUAAUAAUCCUUUGAUUUUUUUUCCCCUUGUUGUAAGGCACACUGCAGACAGUGUGUUAUCAUUAAUUAAAGUGACUUUUCUGGCCAUUUUGUGAGCAAUAUAUCAUCUUAUACACGCAUUAAACAGUGUAAAAAUUUGAAAGGACCACUAUCAGUAUAUUCAUUAGGUUAACUGUGAGUAAGUAAUAUAAUAGAACAGUAAACUUUUUAGUGAGCUACAUAUUAUGGUAACUUAACUCAUCACAAGCCACGUUUCUCCAUUACCCAUAUCUAUGUAUUUCAACUAUUUGCAUAAAGUAGAAGUAAUGUUAUAGACAUAGCUUACUUUACAGUAAGUUACAUUAUUGAAGGCAAGCAAGGGAUAGUUUAUGAGAGGGUUACCUUCACCAAAGCUUAGAUUUAUCAGUAUGUGUAAUGUCUGCAUACUGAAGACCAACAGCUGAUGAAUAAAAAUUAAUUAUUUAGGCUUGCAUAGACUUAUUGCUACUUUUUAUUGCAAGUCUUAUGAUUCUGUUGUAGCUUUUAUAUACACUUAAACAGAAUACUGACAGUGGUUCUUCUUAACUAAAGUAUCUCGUUGAAACAUGUGUUGGCCUUGCAAUUACAUUUAUUUUAAUGUAAAAAAAAUGCAAUUAUUUUAACUACUAAUAAUUCUUCUCAUUAGCACAUAAUCUGCAUUAAUUGUUGUCAUGCCAAAUAAUGAAGUGAAAACAACAAAUAACAUGGUGAAAUGUAUACCAGAAAUCUGCUAGCAAAAUUAAUAUUUCAUUGAUAGACAAUUGCCGGUGUUUCACUGUUUCGUUAGUUAUAUAAAUAAAAUGUAUGUAUUAAAACUCAAAACAUCAUAGUUUCGUAUGUUUAAAAAAGAUAAAGUAUGUGUUGUUUUCUUGAAAACUGCAACCCAGCUUAACCGUUAAUUUUGAGCCAAGUUCAUGAAAUUUUGUAACUUUUGUGCAGUUAUAUUCAAAGUUAUACAUAUUUUAAAAAUAAUGUUUAAAGAUACAAAACCUUAUGAUCUGAGGUGUUAAUUCGAUUUGGUGCACAGCACAUCAUUGGUGGGACGUUUGUUGGUCUGAUGAGUGUGUGGAUGUUUGACAAAAAUAUCUACAUAAUUUUUGAAGAUUUUUGAAAUAAUUAACUGAAAAGGCUAGAUAUCAAAUUUUGUAAAGUGGGUUUAAUACAUGCAUGUUGAUUAUUUGUUGAGUAAUGGCCCUUGUUCACUUUGUGAAACCUUGUUUCAACAACAAAACUUAUGCCUGAAAUUUUAUAUAUAUGCUUUGUUGAAAAUAGUGAAACCAAGAAGUUCGAGUUAUGGCCUGUAUUCACAUUGUGAACACUCGAGCAACGAAAGCUAUUGUCUGAUCUGCUUGACUUUUAUAUGCAUGCUUAAGAUUUGUGAAAUGAAGAAUCGUGUUGAUUUUCAACUAAGGUAUUAACAUUGUUCCGUUUGUAAAAUUUUGUAAACACUGCAGUGGAUCAUCUAAUCUGCUUGAAAUUUAUGGUUCAGAUUAGUGAAAUGAAAAACGUCUGUAACAGUUUCCAUUAAUCACUUCUAAAAUCAUUGCCCUUGCUCACUUUGCAGAUAGUUUCCAUUAAUCACUUCUAAAAUCAUUGCCCUUGCUCACUUUGUAGAAACUUGUGAAUGCUUUAACCUUACUUAAAGAUUUAUUACCCUUGCUUAUGUCAUAAAAUCUUGUCAAUGCGUGAAUGAUAUACAAUGUAAAAAUUUUACAUUUUACUUACUUAAAAAAUUCACAAUGCGACAAACUUUAUGGACCGGUCAUACAACUUUUAAAACUGCUUGGGCAUAUGUUUCAUUGAUUGGCAUCACAUCUUUGGUUAUUUGGAAAAUUGCCACUCCAUAAGCUCUCUUCAGAUUUGAAUUCAUAGCUGCAUGCAUGAUAUGAUCAACUUACUUUAGCGUGUGCACACUAGAUCAGAAGGUCUGUCAUUGAGUCAAGUGGCAUGGUUUUGAUUCCCUGCACAACCUUGUGGGUUUUCUCCUACAGCUAAACACCCCGGCAUGUAAGCGAAUUAUUAAGAGUACAUGUAUGCCAUUAGUCCAUUUGGAGGAGAACAGUAGAAAGUUAAACCCCAUUUUAUUUCAUUUCACUUAGAAUAUAUUAUGCUAAUGGUUGAUUUUGUGGUAAUGCUAGAAGGUGAGUCCCCAUUACAACACAGAUGCUUAAAUCGACGGGUCAUAUCAAAAAGAUAUUAUUUAUUGUGGAAAAUUCUUCUCCGUUUUAAUUGGUCAAGUUAACUGUUAUUGCCAUAGACUGGAGGCCAGUAUUAUCACAAAAUAAAUCAGCCAAUUAUAUUUUUCUCUUAAAGCAAAGAGGUCUAGCCAGUUGUGCUGUAGAUAAUUUUUGUUUCAGCAUUUACAUCUGCUCUAGAAAUGUCUGAUUCAUUUAUAUCUCAGCUAAACAUGUUCAUUGCCAGUCAAACAUUGUCUGUGGUUAUUUCAAAUUAAAUUAUUGUAUUGAUAUGAAAUUUGGUUUAACAUCCUACCUUCGUUGCCCCUGUCUGUCUGUCAUCUACAAUGGCCCUUAAUCACUUGGAAAAAAUCUUGUGUGUGUCCAAAGGCUAAACUUACCAUCUGAAUGACAUGGAAUAUAUAUACAGCUUUUAUGUUCAUGAGGCGAAGUAGCCUUGUGGUCGUAUAUUGUUGUCGCCCCCGUCCGGCAUCCACAAUUGCUUGUCGACACUCUAUAGGCAUGUUGAUUAUUUGUUGAGUAAUGGCCCUUGUUCACAGUGUUUAAGGUCAUGAGACGAAGAAGCCCUUUGAUUUUCAGCGAUUUUCGAUAAUUACUGCCAGAGUUAUGGCCCUUGAUCACUUCAAAAAAUCUUGUGGACGCUCUAGAGGUCAAAGUUAAUAUCUGAUUGACUUUAAAUUGAUACACAGUGUUAAAGGUCAUGAGACGAAGAAGCCUAUUGAUUUUCAACGAUUUUCGAUAAUUACUGCCAGAGUUAUGGCGCUUGAUCACUUCAAAAAAUCUUGUGGACACUCUAGAGGCUAAAGUUAAUAUCCGAUUGAUUUUAAAUUUAUACACAGUGUUUAAGGUCAUGACACGAAGAAGCCUGUUGAUUUUCAGCGGUUUCAGAUAAUUACUGCCAGAGUUAUGGCCCUUGAUCACUUUGAAAAAUCUUGUGGACGCUCUAGAGGCUAAAGUUAAUAUCCGAUUGACUUUAAAUUUAUACACAGUGUUUAAGGUCACGAGACAAAGAAGUCUUCAUUUUCAGUGAUUUUCGAUAAUUACUGCCAGAGUUAUGAACCUUGACCACUUCAAAAAAUCUUGUGGAUGCUCUAGAGGCUAAAGUUAAUAUCCGAUUGACUUUAAAUUUAUAAACAGUGUUUGAGGUCAUGAGACGAAGAAUCCUAUUGAUUUUCAACGAUUUUCGAUAAUUACUGCCAAAGUUAUGGCCCUUGAUCACUUUGAAAAACUUGUGACGCUCUAGAGGCUAAAGUUAUCAUUCGAUUGACUUCAGAUUGAUACACAGAGUUUAAGAUCUUGAGACGAACAAGUAUAUUGAUUUUCAAUGAAUUUUUAUGACUUGAACAGCUAAAUCCAUGAUAUUAAAAGUUUUGUAUACUAAAUGUUAGCAUGGGGCAGAACUUUAUAAAAACCAAAGAAAUUUUAAUGGUUUUCUGAUAAUUACUUCAUGAGUUGUUACUCUUAAUCAGAUUUUAGUGUAUUAUAAAUGUUUCAUUACCGAAAAAAGUAAAAAUAUGCGACAACACUUGUUGACUGCCCGGACGAUUUAGCUGCUCUGGGCGUAUGUUUCAUUGCCUGGCAACCUAUCUUUAUUUUUGUGGCUUAUUUCACGUUAAUAUGUGCUCGGAUUGAUUAUUUAGCAUUUAAGUUAAAGUUUUUAAUCCAAGCUGUGACAUUAUCUAGAGUCAAUACUCAAUUUUUCAAAAAUUAACUAAGCGCAUAUUAUUAGCAUGGAUUAAACCAUAAUAAAUUUGAUAUUUUCCAUAAAUACAAUAAUAUAAAUUGGAUUUGCUGAAAAUUUCAGUGAAAUUGAUCACCCUGAACCGAGAAUUUAGCGAUUGAAUUUUCAGCCUAGCCUCAAUCAUCAUUGCUAAAGUCGGUACGAUAAAAAACAUAGUCUCGAUUAUCUAUUUCAUGAUUUAAUCAUGAAUGAAAGUUUAGCAGCAAAUCGAAUCCUAAUACAGUAAAUAUCACAGGGUAGUGAUGAGAUCAAGAGUUGAUUAUGGUCUGGAUAAGUAAAUUAAUCUCUAAUUAAUAAUUUAGGUAACAUUUCAGGUCUAAAGAAAGACCUACAAUAGGUAGAUUUAGCGCUUGCAUAAUGUAUGGUUAAUAAAUACUUCCACAUUCAUAAUGCAUUUGUAAAGCAGCAGUGCAGGACAAAAGGCAGCCCAUUAAGAAUCCUCUAACAGACAGAAAUCGAAAUAAGAGUAGGCUGUAGCGCUGCCGUUCAGACAUAAUUUCUCUCAUAUCACACUCUAUUUUUGAAGAAAGCAGGGGACUAUUAAAAUGGGUCCGUCCGCCUGUCUGUCACACUUUUUGGGACACAAUAACUCUCCUAAUUGAGCUAAAAUCUUCAAACUUGGUGUAGGUGUUUAUUACGUCAAUGCCUUGAUGAGUUUGAAGAGGAGCAUUUUCUGCUUAGGGGGACACGAUAACAUUAAAGAUACAUUAUGGGAGAUGAGAUAAAGAACUGGCAGUUCUCACUAUAAUUAGUAUAAUAGUUAAAAACUAGAUAAUGUAAAGGAAAUUUGCUGAAAAUUUCAGUCAAAUUGAUCCACUCUGAACUGAGAAUUUAGCGAUUGAAUUUUCAGCCUGGCCUCGAUCAUAACUACUAAAGUCGGUGCGAUAAAAAAACAUACGUCUCAAUUAUACAUUUCAUGAUUAAAUCAUGAAUGAAAGUUGAGCAGCAAAUCCAGUAAAUAUCGCAGGCUAGCGAUGACAUCGAGAGUUGAUUAUUGUCUGGAUAAGUUAAUUAAUAAUUUAGAUAACAUUUUAGGCUUAAAGGCAGAUUUAGCUCUUGCAUAAUGUAUGUUUAAGUGAGAGCGAUCAAACUUGGUGUAUAGUUUCAUUACAUCAAUACCUUGACUAAGUUCGACAAUGAUGUUUUGGGACACGAUAACUUUAGUUCCAAUAAAGUGAGAGUGAUCAAACUUUGUGCAUGGUUUCAUUACAUCAAUACCUUUAAUAAUGAGCAUUCUCUGCCGAUGGUCAGCAGAGCGAUCAUGUUCCUGAAGCAACGACUGCGAGUUUCACAAUAUCUGGCCGUUGCUUGUUUACUUCACAAUUCCCGAACUUAUAGCUAUGUUAUCUACAGACAUGUGAGCAGUAGCGUCCAAUCAGAGGUUGUGACAUCGCGACCUCUCUGAAAACCUUAACAUUGAAUGAACCUUGAACUUUGCAACUCGAUUAUCACAGGUUGACAUUUUAGCUUGAAAGCGCGAGACUUGGUAUUGAUCGAGGAAUCUGAUAGGCUCACAAGUUGGGCUUGUACCCAAUCGAAAUUAGUGCCGCAAUAUGCAGGGUAUUAGGUGAUGGCCUUGAUAAGAUGUAUGUAGUUAAAGCGAGAUCAAGCCUUCUAUUGAAGAUGCAGAGCGAUAAGCAAUAUGAUUGGUCGAGACUUUGGAACACAAUAACUCUCCUUGUAACAUGGACGGGAAAUCUUCCUUUGUUCAUUGAAUAAGCAGAUUGUUUUCCCUGUAGUAGAUUGGGUGGAGCUUAACCAUGCAAUAACUAGACAUGUUCAAUGUUAUUGCACUCUUUUGCUGGUUUACACUAGUUUUAGUAGAAAUCAUAUAGAGAAGUGGGGUGGGUUUUCUGUGCAAUAACAACAAGCAUGUUGAGCAGGUGUCAAUGUUACAAGUCAUUUAAACCAUGCUUCAAUCGUUAACAUGUUUAACAUCUCGGCCUGUGGUCUUGAUGUUUAAACCUGUUAACUCAUGAAAGCUGUGCUAUAAAUAUAACUUAUAAUUGAGGUAGAGUGUUCAAACUUGGUGUAGGCAUUCCUUACGUGAAUGCCUUGAUGGAGUUCGAUGAUAAACAUGAUCUGCUUAUGGUAAGCAGAGAUAAGCAAUUUGAUUGGUUGAUGCUUUUAGGCACGAUAACUUUGGUGUAAUUAAGUGAGACCGAUGAAACACCGCGUAUAGAUUCAUUAUUAUAUCAUUACCUUGAGUAAGUUCAAUGAUGAGAAUUUUCUGCUUAGGUUAAGUAGCGAUAAGCAAUUUGAUUGGUCAAGACUUUCUAACAUAACAACUCUGCUUUUAAUUGAGGUAGAAGGUUAAAAAUUAAUGUAGAUGUUCAUUAGGUGACUGAGUUUCAUGUUGAACAUCUCCCGCUUAGGCUAAACAAUUCCUUUGACUUGGAUUCUAUCUGAUAGGAGUGAUGAAACUUAAGUGUGUAGUUGAUAAUCAUUUUGAUUGCUCGAUACUUUUGAAAAAGAUAAAUGUGCAAUUAAUUAAUAUGUCAUCUAUUUAUUUCGGGAUUUUGGCAGGGGACAUGUGUUCAAGUAAUUGACAAUUUUGCACGAUGUAUGCAGGUUUGCCUUCAACGCUGCAGAGGGCAUUUUGGAAAGAACAUGACUUAUGCAAAGCCACCAAGAUAACAAACUUUGGUAAAUGAUGUGGGGGGGGCAGAUUGUACAAGACAAUUAAAUAACAUUUACCAGUAGAAAUUCGAUGUGAUGUCCUGUAACUACAUGUAUAUGACACAUUGUUUCAAACUGUAGAAAGGGAAUUCAAUAAACAAUGUAAUGUCAA